AUGUCGAUGGAAGAUCCGUUCUUUGUCGUCAAAGGGGAGGUGCAUAAAGCUUUGAAUGCGGCCCAGAGCCUCUACCAGAGAUGGAGCGAGCUGCUGCAGGAGGGAGCGGGAGCCUCCAAGGAGGAGAUGGACUGGACAACAAAUGAGUUGAGGAACAGCCUGCGCUCAAUCGAGUGGGAUCUGGAAGACCUGGAUGAAACUAUCAGUAUUGUAGAGUCUAAUCCAAAAAAGUUUAAUUUGGAUACAGUGGAGUUGUCAAAGAGAAAGGCCUUUAUCACUAACACCAGACAAUCUGUAAAGGAAAUGAAGGAGCAGAUGUCGAGUCCUGCUCCUGUGUCUCAGGACCAAAAGAAUAAACAGAGUUUACUUGGAGAGCGUGCUCAAGGUCCUAUCGGUCUCCCGGAGGCGGAUAAAUACAGCCGGUUGGAUCGGCAGCUACAGAAUGCCAACUCUCAGUUCAUUGAUGAACAGCAGACCCAGCAACAGCUGAUAGCAGGGCAGCAGGAUGAGCAGCUGGAGCUUGUGUCUGGGACCAUUGGCGUGUUAAAGAACAUGUCUGAACGGAUUGGCAUGGAGCUGGACGAACAGUCUGUGAUGUUAGAUGAUUUCAGCCACGAGAUGGACAACACUCACUCCAGACUUGACAACGUGAUGAAGAAAUUGGCUAAAGUCUCCCACAUGACGAGUGAUCGCAGACAGUGGUGUGCUAUCGGCGUUUUGCUGGGGAUACUCUUCGUCAUCAUCAUCCUCUUUGCAGUGCUUUGA